CACAAUAAGGUACGCAUUGAUAAAUGUAGUGUCUAACGCAAGCUCAAAACCCCUUGUCAUUGUGACACCACUAGUUGUUUCCCACGUUCAAGCCACCAUAAUCUGUUCCCAACGCCAUGGCAUGCAGAUCCGAACCAGAAGCGGAGGCCACGAUUACGAGGGUCUCUCCUACGUUGCCAAGGUUCCAUUUGUGGUCAUUAACCUCAUAAACCUUCGAGAAAUCAAAGUGGACGUGAAAAACAACACUGCAUGGGUUCAAGCUGGAGCAACUAUUGGUGAACUUUACUACAAGAUUAGCGAGAAAAGCAAAACACUAGGGUUCCCAGCAGGUGUGUGGCCCACUAUGGGCACUGGUGGCCACUUCAGUGGCGGUGGCUAUGGAUUCUUGAUGCGUAAGUUCGGUCUCGCUGCUGAUAAUGUAUUCGAUGCUCACAUAAUUAACCCGAAGGGUAAUCUCCUUGAUAGAGAAGCCAUGGGUGAGGAUCUGUUUUGGGUCAUUAGAGGAGGUGGAGGACCAGGUUUUGGAAUCAUCGUGGCUUGGAAGAUAAAACUAGUUCCAGUUCCAUCUACUGUGACAGUGUUCAAUGUUUGAAGGACAUUGGAGCAGAAUGCAACAGAUAUUAUUCAUAAGUGGCAGCUUGUGGCAAAUAAACUUGACAAUGGCCUAAUGAUUAGGGUCAACGAGGUAAGGGUAAAUUCGUGAUGUUUUAUUCCAAAACUCGUGAUGUAGAUUGCUAACUUACUCUAAGAUGGAAGUAUCAUUACCCUUAUUUUAUCUCUCUUCUCUUGAUUUUUUUUCCUCUAGGUCUCUGUCUCUUUAUCCCAUUCAUACACCCCAUCUCCAUAUACUCUGAAA